CGUGCCCUCUCACUCGUCCCUCUCCCCUUCUUAUCCCUCGCUGGCAUUGCGCUACCGACAAAGAGCUACGUGCCGGCGCAGCCGCCGCCCGGCUCUACUGGCUCCCGAGCUCUGGUGCCUCGCUCUCGCUGUGGCCAGCCCCUGGAUGCGCGUCGGCCAGGGAGGAGGUUGCGGUGGUAGGCUUUGGGGCAGAGGAGGACGGGGAUGAAGGGAGCGGGAUGGGGCUCUGGGUGGGGCUGGUGCUGGGGAUCGCGGUAGGCGUCGCGCUCAUCGUCGGCUUCACCCGCUUCGAGAACCCACGUGCCGCCCGCCGCCGGCAGCUGGCUGUUACGGUUGCUAGUUUCUCUAAGAUGACGAUCGAGGAUUCACGAAAGCUACUCCCAGCUGAUCUGUACCCUUCCUGGGUUGUUUUCUCAUCGCAGCAAAAGGUAUUUGGCUAUCUUUAGUGGGCGCUCAUGCUUCUGCAUUAUAUGUCAAUGCAUGUAUGUUGGACAUGUAUGUUUAAAUGUGAUGUGGUCUGGAUAUGUAAUAACUAGCUAUAUGAUGUCUAUGUAUUAUGUGAUGUAAUAUGAUGGUUAUAAUA